AAUCGGCUGACUCCACUAGGUCACGUGUUGUCGUCACAGUAGUCGCUGUAGUCUUUCUUCAGUGCAACUGUUCGCAUCUGCGGCAGCAGAAAAUGGCGAUAACCGGUGCAGUCUACAAUUUACUCUUCAGGCGAACUUCUACUUUUGCCAUUUCCAUAAUGGUGGGAGCAGUUGUCUUCGAGAGAAUGUUCGAUCAAGGUGGAGACGCGAUAUUCGAAGAAAUGAAUCGUGGGAAACUGUGGAAGCACAUCAAACACAGAUUCGAAAACAAAGAGGAGGACGACGAGUAAUGCACAGAUGUGACUAACCGUCCCGUUGGCGUCUUCAUCAUUCCUGAAGAAACACUUGGUGCCCAGCCACGUCGACCCUGAUCCACCAGGAGGGAAACUGGACUGAAUAUCCUUGACUUCACAGUCUUGAUUAUUGUGAAGUCACCCACACCACCACCGCAACUCACAUCAACAGAAAGCCAUGUUCAUCGGUCUUCGUUGGAUUAAAUUAUUUUUAAAUAAAGUGUCGCUGAAUCUGUGUUCUGUUAUGAAUUUAUUAAGUUUAUGCUGUCUUGUACCUGCAAGAAUUAUUUGUCUUUAAUUGUAUUCAGGCACUUCUCCAGUUGUCAAAAUGCCUGUUUGUCAGCUAUGUGGUGCAAGGAAUUGGCAGUGUAGAGAGAGAAUGACAUUGGAGGAUGGCAUUCAUUUGGAGAAAUGCCUUCUACCACCUCAUCUGUGAGUUUAACGGAGCACUGCAAGAUGAGCAGGACUGUGAAAUAACACAGAACAAAUGGAGCGGCAAACUUGAAACUGAGUUUAAUUAUUCCACAGCCUCGAGUUUCAUGAGUUUACAGUCCAGAAGUAUGGAAAUAAACAUGAUUAUGGUA